UAACUUUGUUGACAUUAAAAUUACUAUGAGUGAAGACGCUAAUACAUCUAUACCCACCUUUUACUCCCAUCGAAGUGUGUUCAUUACUGGUGGCACAGGUUUCCUGGGUAAAGCGUUAUGUGAAAAAUUACUGAGAAGUUGUCCAGAUAUUAAAGAAAUAUUUUUACUGAUACGACCAAAAAAAGGACUAACCGUCACCGACAGGUUAAAGAAAAUGUUGAAGAACAAGCUUUUUGAUUUAUUACGACGCGAGCGGCCAUCCAGUUUCGAUAAAAUUAUUCCUAUAAGCGGAGACGUGAGUCCUAAAGAUUUAGGAUUAUUGGUGGAAGACAGAAAAAUGUUAAGUGAAAAAGUCUCGAUAAUAUUUCACGUUGCGGCUUCUGUCCGCUUUGACGAGGAUCUUAAAAAUGCGAUUUUCACAAACUUACGGUCAACGCGUGACGUUUGUAUUUUGGCCCAAUCUAUGAAACAUAUAGUGGCUCUAGUUUACGUAAGUACGGCGUUCACACAGUGUGAUAAACCCGUAGUAGACGAGGUCUUUUAUCCUUUGGAAGACGUUGACUGGAGGAAGACGAUCCACAUUGCUGAAAACAUUGACAACGAAAUUUUAAAAAUUUUUACCGCGAAAUAUAUACAUCCCAUGCCCAAUACGUACGUCUUUACAAAGCGAUUAGCAGAAAAUGUUAUAAACGAUUUUUCUGAAUCGUUGCCUUGCGUUAUUAUCAGACCUUCAAUUGUAGUACCUUCAAUUAGCGAUCCAAUACCAGGUUGGGUAGAUAAUUUUAAUGGCCCAAUGAGCUUAGUAAUCGGUAAUGCAACCGGUGUUAUGCGCGUUGCUUAUUUGGACUCUUCUGUGGUACCAGAUUGGGUACCAAUCGAUGUUGUAACAAAAGCAACGAUAAUCGCUGCUUGGAGACGGGGAAUGAGAAACAUCGCUGAGGAUACGAGCAUUCACAUAUACAAUUGCUGUACAAACAACUUAAUGAACUUGAGUAUACGAAAGAUUCUACGCGUAGGACAGCGUUUCACUUGUGAUAUUCCUUUUGAGAAGCUACUCUGGAAACCAAGUACAAUUGCGAUAAAAAGUCAUUCGCUAUAUUACAUAAUGGUAUUGAUAAUACAUAUUAUGCCAGCAGUAGUACUAGAUGCUAUGCUGAAAAUUGUCCGGUUACGUCCGAUGUUAGUAAAUCUGCAAAGAAAAAUAUUCGUAUCACUUUGCGCAUUGUCUUUUUUUGUAACAAACUCGUGGCAUUUUAAUAACUCAAAAUUUAUAAGUUUGUUCGAGAACACAAAUACUGAUGAUGAAACACAGUUUGGAUAUAAAACUUUAUUGUAUCUCGACACAGAAGAAUAUAUUAGAAAUGUCAUUAUUGGCUGUAAACUCUACUUGCUCAAUGAAGACAUGAGUCGCUUGCAACAAGCUAAACGUCAUCGUAACAGCAUUCUCUGA